AUGUCCUCAAAAGACUUGUCUCCGGCUCCUCCGCCUCCGCCAUCACUACAACAACCACAAGCACAAUUGGUCGACAAGCCAAUGUCGGAAGCUGCGAGGGUUUCCUCUUUUGCAACAAGAACAUCUCAUAUCUGCACCGCAUCCACCUCCAACAUCUUCCGCAGCCUCUCCACAAUCCACCGAUCGGCCUCUGUCCUUCCUGCGUCCCUCCUGGACCUCGAUGUGGCAUCAACUGCGGGCCUUCAGGUGAUUCGGCCAGAAACCCACCCCGAGGCCUUUGUUCCAGUUCCACCAGACGGGGGAUGGGGGUGGGUCGUUGUUUUCGCCGCCUUUGUCACCAACCUGGUGAUCGAUGGGAUCUGCGUCUCCUUCGGCAUUAUGGCGACCGACCUCGUGGACCACUUCAACGCGCCGGUGGCCACCGUCAUGCUCACUGGCUCCCUCCUUCUGGGCGUCUACCAGAUAGUCGGCAAGUCUUAA